AUGCCGCCCGCCGCCGCAAUCCGCUUCCCCCUUCCGGUCCCGCGCACGCUCGGCGGCGCAGCCUCUCCCCACGCGGCACUUCUUCCUGCGUCAGACUCGCCGAAAUCUGAUCGCUCGCUCUGCGUUUCCCAUUUCGACAUCGCUCUGAAUCCCACUUAUCAUCCCGCGCCUCAUUCUGCCUGCGCGUUGUGCUUUGGCGGGGGAAAUCUGGGGCGCGGCGCCAAAGAACCGCGCCCUCGAAGAAGCGCGCAGUACGGCGGAGUGAGACAGGGAACACUCCGCGCGAGACCGGGGGAUCUGCGCACCCCUCUUGCGCGCGUAGCGGGAGAUGAAGGCGGAGCAGCGAGGGCGGGGCAAGGAACGGCGGGCGGAGCUGCGGGGGCGCCCGAUGCGCGCGUAGCGCGAGUGAUGCGCGUUUUACGGGAAGACCUGCCGGUGCAGUACGAGCGAGACCUGGAUUGGUCCAUCUACGAUGCCAGCGUGGCAUUCGUGGAUCCUGUGACGCGAUUGGACGGCCUAUUUCUGUACAGAGGGAUGAUUACCAGCCUGAGGUUAAUCACGGCAGUGGGAUUCGAACCCGGGUCUCUCGUUUUCGAAGUGCACUCACUGGAAGAGGUGAGCAGUGCUUGCAAUUCCCCUUUCUGUCUCACCGUCACUCUCCAUCAUCCUCUCGCCCCUCCCUUCUUCUCCCCCCCCCCCUCCCCCCCCCCCCCUUCCCCCCCGCCCCCAUCGUCACCCGCCGACCCCCCUCCACCCCCUCCCUCAAUCUCCUCAUCCCUGUCCCCCUCUCUCCUUCCCCACUGCGCACACAGCAUGUUAGCAGCUUCUAAGGAACGGCUGCAACAUGUCCUUCCCGACGCGCGCACCCUCUCGCCCUUCCCCCCGCGUCCGGGGCUGGAAGGGCGUGUGGGGGAGGCGGUGGGCGCAGUGCGGAGUGUGUGGAGCACAAGGGGGCAGACUCGGUGGGGGAAGGCGCUGAGCAUCACUGGAGGUGCGUUGGGCAUCACUGCAGGGGAGGCAGUGAGUGUUUGUGGGGGAGGUGGUGGGUGCAGUGGGGAGAGUGUGGAGCACGAGACGAAGGGGGGCAGUCAAUGGGGGAAGGCGUUGAGCAUCACCGGAGGUGCGUUGGGCAUCACCGGAGGUGCGUUGAGUAUCACUGGAGGGGCGAGUGCGGGAGGUGCGACAGUGCGGGUGUGGGGGAGGCAAUGA